AUGUUUAGCACUGCUGGUGCAACACUCAAAACCGAGCCACGUUUCAGCGAGUACCGGUUGAUCGAGAUUGGACACACACAUCCGCACGCAAGGUUCGAAAACACCAACAACCUGACAGCUCCAAAGAUUCGCCAUGUCACAUAUCCAGAGGGAGCACGACUAAUGGAGCAAGAACUAAUGGAAGGAUACAAAAUCGCCCAAGCUAUCACACAGAGUGCCAUGAGAGACUUCCAGGCAACAAUCGAGCCGUUGUUCGACAUUCUUGUUGAGGCCAAGCAACCUAUAUGCAAAUUUCUGCUACUGGGAAUGGGGCCCAUCUACGCUAACCAGGGGCUUAAGUCGCACUGGGGAUUGGUUCAGUACACACUGGCAAGACAGCUGAUCAAACGCUACAUCACAAAGCAUGCCACCAAGUACCACAACUACGACGAACGCGGACAACUAUGGGAAUACGAAAUUGUGGUCGACCAUUCGCAACACACGCAAUCCGACAUCAGCUACCUGGAAGCUUUCUUCAACCGAAUAGGUCCUGUACACGUCCACGGCCGAACAAACACUUACAACGUCCGUUUUCUCCAUGCACCUCUCGCUCAUUUGCUAAUAUCAGUCGAUCUCCCAAACACCUUCGUCUUCUGCUUCAAGCCCGAUAAUCCUGUCAGGCAGCUACUCGCAGAGCGUCCAGGGAAGACUAAACCGCAAGCCAUCAUCUGCGCGCCAGGCGAUAUUGACAACAAGGCCAGAGAUCCAAGCAAGGACUUCGCCGCGGACAUGUCCUCAGAUGGUGUCAGAGAUUGGCUCACGAGGGGCUAUACUGCCGUGCCGUUCACGCAGGAUGCUGAUCUUAGCUACUCGCCUUUUGGCACUACAUGUUUAUUCUACAACGAAAAUCUGGGAACACAGGGGCCUGGAAAUGAGAAGGUUGGUCCGCCUGGGUACCCUGUCAGCGCUGAUUCGAUGGUUGUGAUCCGCGAACAGCAGGAGCAGUAUGCAAAGCAUUUGUUUGGUAUGGAUGGCUAG